AUGACUACGUUCAGAUUUUGUCGUGAUUGUAAUAAUAUGUUAUAUCCUAGAGAGGAUAAAGAGACACAUAAAUUAUUAUUCGAAUGUCGUACGUGUCCCUACGUUGAAGAGGCAGGUACUCCAUUGGUUUACCGUCAUGAAUUGAAGACGAAUAUUGGUGAGACUGCAGGUGUGGUGCAAGAUAUAGGGUCUGACCCGACACUACCGCGUUCAGAUAAAGAGUGCCCGAAGUGUCAUUCUAGGGAGAAUGUGUUUUUCCAGUCGCAGCAGCGGAGAAAGGAUACCAGUAUGGUUUUAUUCUACGUCUGUUUGCAUUGUUCGCACAUUUUCACUUCUGAUAAAAAGAAUAAGAGGCAAACCUUUUCGUAG